UAAGAAACCAUUUUUCCUGUCUUCAGUUUCCUAAUGGGAAUUCAAAUGAGGCAGAUUCAAAAUACUUUGGGAAUGAAGUAGUGUUGAAUCAUUUAGCUAUAGUCUGUUUCUUUUUCAGGAAGCUCUGGCUGUCCUGGAACUCACUAUGUAGAACAAUUCCUCAGUUUGAGCAAUGAUCGAUCCCUGGUUAUGCCCAGCUUAAAAAAAAGUAAUGAUAAUUACCGAUGAUGGCUUACAGAGUCAUAAACAAAAGAAGACAUGUGGGACUUCAACAACUUUCAUCAUUUGCACAAACCGGAAGAAGUUUCCUAGGCCCAGUAAAAGCCACCAAAUUUAUUACAAAUGCAGAGUGUCAUGAAAGUAUGUUAAUCAGCUCAACAGUCAGACUUCUUGAAGGUUUGGAUUUAACCUGUGCAACGGGACAGCUUCUCAAUGAAGCAGUUCAAGCACAAAAUGGCACAUACAGAAUCGGAACCAGCACUCUCUUGUUUCUUGUUGGUGCAUGGAGCAGAGCUGUUGAAGAAUGUCUCAAUCUGGGUGUUCCUACUCCAGUAAUAGUGUCAGUAAUGACUGAAGGCUUGAGUUCUUGCAUUGAAGCAGUCGUUUCCCUUCAAGUACCCAUAUACAAUGUAUUUGACCACAUGGACAACACAAGUACAGUUGAUGUCAGCUUAUAUCCUUUUCUACAAGUCUCUUCAGAUCCUGGGUUGUUACAGGAAAAGCAUGAUUUCGAAGAUGCUACAUCUCAGUUAUUGUCCACUUACAGUCUUUCUGGAAGACAUGAAGAGUCAUCCAAAUUCUUCAAAACUCAGGCUAAGGUUGAAACAGAAAAAAACACACCACAAGCUCUGCAGAACAGCCUGUAUAGAGAUUCCUUCUUCAGAAAUUCAGCAUUAACUCACAGUAGGCAUUUUAACAGGGCAGAUAAUAGCCACUGGAUAAACAGAACCAAUGGAUUUCUAGAACAAUGUGGAUCGAUACCCAGAGCUUCUAGAUGUAAUGAUUUGAUGGAGUUAGCAGUUGGCUUGAGCCAUGGAGACCACAGCAGCAUGACAUUGGCAGAGGCAGCUGUGCGGCUGCAGUGGCAGAGUGUGUCCCUGCAGCAAGACAACUGUGAGACACCAUUUAUGUUUGACAUUUCAAGACUCCUCACUUGCUGUCUCCCGGGCUUACCUGAAACUUUUUCUUCUAUUUGUUUAGGAUAUGUCACUGUUGUGCCCAUGUCUAGUAUUGCUCUGAUAAAGGAAUUGCAGGACCAGCCUUUCCGGAUGAUUCUCAUCGAGGGUGACCUCACAGAGAGUUACCGCCACCUUGGAUUUAAUAAGUCUGUAAAUAUUAAGACCAAGUUAGAUAGUAGGAAGCUUCCAGAAGACAGUGCAGAAGAACUGUGGGCUAAAAGUGUGUUGCAGGUGUUAACCCAGUUUGAUGUGAAUCUCAUCCUGGUACAAGGAAAUGUAUCUGAACACUUAAUUGAAAAAUGCAUGCACAGUAAGCGGUUGGUAAUUGGUUCAGUGAAUGGCAGUGUGUUGCAAGCUUUUGCAGAAGCUACAAGAACAGUGCCAGUAUCCUAUGUCACACAAGUGAAUGAAGACUGUGUGGGCAGCAAGGUCUCUGUGACCUUCUGGACAAGUUCUCAUGAUAUAAACAGGAGCAACAGAAUGGCAAUCUUGUUAAAAACAGAAAAAAUUAAUUUGAUUACAGCAGUACUCACUAGCCCAAUAAGUGCUCAGGUGGAAAUCAAGGAAGACAGGUUCUGGUCUUGUGUAUAUCGUUUAUAUCAUGCCCUAAAAGAGGAGAAGGUUUUCCUUGGAGGUGGUGCUGUUGAAUUUUUAUGCCUUAGCCAUCUUCAGAUUCUUGCUGAGCAAUCUUUAAGUAAAGAAAAUCAUGCUUGUUCAGGGUGGCUUCCUGAUUCUUCCUCUUGGAUGGCCUCAUCUCUGUCAGUCUACAGACCUACUGUGUUGAAGUGCCUGGCAAGUGGGUGGCAUGAAUACCUGUCAGCUGUUAUGUUUAACACUGCCACUCACCCAUCAGCAGUGGAAGCCAGCAUGUUCAUUCAACAUCAUGUGCAAAAUGCCACCAACUCUGGCUCUCCUUCAUCUUAUAUCUUGAGCAAAUAUAGUAAACUAAGUCAUGGACUUUUUCAUUCAGGUAUUUCAGAUAAACUGGAGGUAGUUCCAAGAGUUUAUGAUACUGUUACACCAAAGACUGAAGCAUGGCGCCGAGCAUUGGAUUUAGUGCUCUUAGUGCUUCAGACAGACAGUGAAAUAAUUACUGGACUUGUACACACAGAGAUAAAUUCACAGGAAUCAGAUGGAGUUUUAUUUUUGUAGGGUUAAAUCUUUGGGAAGUAAGCAAUAUCAAUAAAAUUUAAGGUAUG